AUGGCGCUGUAUGGCGCCCCAAUCUGGGCGGACGCACUCCACAGAGGGAGAAUCCUGCCCUUCUGCGCAGGCCCCAGAGCGGGCCAUAGAGCAGAGAGUCACAAGGACCUACCGCACGGUAGGGCACGCUGCGGCGUGCGACCUCGCUGGUACUCCUCCUUGGUAGCUAAGCUUGGUAGCUUAGAAGCUGGGGUCUUGUCUGUCAUCUAUCACUGGAUGGCAGACCAGAAGGCGCGUGGAAAGCGCCCGGCCCCGGAGCGGCGCGGCGCCGUCAGGCAAGAAGAGCGCGAGAUCAUGAUCGACCGCUGGAAGGAAGACAUGACUCGCGCGCGGUUUGGCCGCCGCACUCUGGACGCCAUUGGUCCUGUUCUGGGCCAAUUGUUGGAACGACCGCACGGGUUCCUUACGUUCCGUCUGGCGCAGGUGCUGACCGGGCAUGGCUGCUUCGGUUCGUACCUGCAUAGGAUCGGGCGAGAGGAAUCCCCACUGUGCGGAUGA